AUGUCCAAAAAUUACCCAACACAACCUUCAACGACUUCUUCGGGCGCUGGUGACGCUUCAUCCCAUCAUCAUCACCACCAUAUAUCAAAUUCUUCUAACAGCAAUAACAGGUCGACAAGCACUAGUAGUAACAGCAGACAACAUCAAAAUGAUAAAUAUGACUCUGAAUCACGAGAACAUGGUCGUCGACUUCAUUCCGAUCAUUAUUAUGAUUCUAAAAGGUCUUCGUCGCGGGAUGACCGACAAUCAAACAACUAUAGAAGCGAUGAUAGAAGAGAAUACAAUGAUUCACGACGAGAGAGUUAUCACGGUAGUCAGCAUCAUCACUAUCGAGACGAUGAAAAUAAUACUCGAAAUAGAAGUGAUAGUAGUGGUAGUGGAGGCAGAAGAUUAGGAACUAACGAAAAUCGAAAUUCUAGUAGUAAUGGUAGUACCUCUCAUCGGCAUAGUACAGGUAGUAGCAGCAGCAGCGGACAACAUUCACGGUCGAGUGGUACAUCAUCACGGAAUGAUAGAAGAUUAAAUCAAGAUCAUUAUCAUUCGGAAGGAUAUUACACCAACAAGGAGGGAAAACGAUCGUAUCACGACCGAGGAGAUUCCUACUAUGAUGAUGAAGCACAUUAUGAUGAAGGCUCAUAUCCACACUAUAGCAGCAGAUAUUCAUCCUCUUCUCAAUAUUAUUAUUCUUCUCAACAACAUCAUUAUGGUAGAGAUGGUCAUUACUCAUAUUCUCGGGAUUCAUUAUACUCCAACCGACGAGAAAGCUCUUCUUCGUUUACAACAACAUGUUUUGAAAAAUAUGGCAAACUUUCAGAGGCUUUUGCUCAUCUCUCCGGUCCCUUUAAAAUUAAAAGUUAUGAAGAAAUCGAAGUAUUGGGAGCAGGAACCUAUGGAGAAAUUAAGAAUGAUCCGAAUGCUACCAAUGGAUUUCCGAUAACCACCAUUCGAGAAAUCAAAAUUCUAAAAGAAUUGGAUCAUAUCAAUAUAGUCAAGCUACAUGAUGUAACUUGGGAUGAUUCUUCCUUUUACAUGAUUUUUGAAUUUGUGGAUCAUGAUUUAUCUGGACUCUCUGAGAUGAAUGUUACAUUUACUGAAGAUCAUUUGAGAUGUUUAAUGUAUCAGCUUGUUGAAGGUCUCUAUUUUUGUCAUGCUAAUAAUGUUUUGCAUAGAGAUUUAAAAAAGUCAAACAUUUUGAUUAAGAGAGAUGGAACUUUAAAGAUUGCAGACUUUGGCCUAUCCCUGUUCAAAAAGAGAGAUAAUAUACCAUACACGAAUAAGGUUGUUACUCUAUGGUAUCGAUCACCUGAAGUGUUGUUAGGAUCACAAUAUUAUGAUGGAUCGAUUGACAUGUGGUCUGUUGGAUGUAUUUUAGGAGAGUUGAUUAAAAAAGAAAAGGGACUCUUCCAAGGUACGACAGAAAGUGAUCAAUUGCACAAGAUUUUUAAAAUUUGUGGAGCUCCAAAUCUUGAAGAUUGGCCUGAGGUGAUGAAGUUACCACAUUGGGACUCUAUGAAACCUGUAAAACAGUACCCAAAUGUGAUUAGAAAAAUGUUUAGUGAUGCUUCAUGCUCUCCAAAAGCUAUUGAUUUAAUUGAAAGAUUAUUAACUUUGAAUCCUCAAAAGAGACUUACAGCUAAAGAAUGUCUUGAACAUGAAUGGUUUUGGGAGAAUGGAAAUCCUCUUAAAUUCAAACCUGGUAAAAUUUUACCAAAGAUGACAACCAAUGAAUAUACUGCACACAAACAAAGACCACAAAAGAAGCAAAAACAAGCUGAUACAGGUGACAGUGGUUAUUAA